CUAAAAUUCUUUGUUCGCUGCAAGAACAAAAUAAUAAAGAUGAACUUUUGAAUGAUACGAAGAAGAAGAGAAAAAAGAUAAUAUUGAGACAUUGGACUCUAAUUUUACUAUCGAAACGAGGCGCAGUGACUCACCAAUUGAAUCAUGUGUUAUAAGUCAAGAGGACAAAAUUAACAUGGUUAUAAUUGAAAAGGUUUUCCUUGAACAAAAACAUAAAUGAUUUAAUGACAAGGAGCAGAAUGAACGAAAAAAAGUGGAAAUGCCAUUUACGAAAACACCAAAAGAAAGGCCAGUCAUUUUACCUGGUGGGAUAAAAUGGAAAAAUGAAAAGGAUGCAUGUAAUGAAGUUUUCAUUGCAGAAGUUUUAAGAUCACAAGCUGAGUUGAUUAAUGGGAAUACUUUGGGGAUAUAUGAGAGCCCAUAUUUACCUUAUGAUAAUAGAGGUAAUUUUCUUAAGUAUAAGAAACCAGAGAAAGAUCUAUCAAAUUUAAAUCGAAGCGAAGUUUUGAAAUUGAUAAAUAACACUGAUUAUGCAUCUACAAAAAUUUCUGAACGAGCAGCGAAGACGCUUACUUCUAAUGACGUUUUGGAAGCAGUUUUUAUCAACUAAUUACUUUAUUUCACGGUCAAUUAAUGUCGCUAAUGUCGUAUUUAAAAUGAAUGCACAUUAAUGUGGCCAAAAUUAGAAUCUUUCAUUAAAAUCUAAAAUUAAUUUUGAGCGUGGGUUGAUUGUAGAUAUAAGUAAUCAAUUGUUAAA